AUGCUCACCGCCGCUCACCGCCGCUCACCGCCCUUAUCCACUCUCACUGCCUUCACGCUCACCGCUGCUCACCGCCCUUGCUCUGGUCCCUUUCUUUUUCUUAGAUUCGCUCCGCAGAUUCGUCACGAGGAGGUUGAAGCGUCACCAUUUUCAUCUUCGGCAGAGACAGAAGCGUUCUUCACCGCCGCCUUCUUCAUCUUCUUUGCAGAGACAAAAGCUAUUUUUUUAGUGAUUUCUGUUGAGAAGUUAUUCUAUCGCAUUCCGAUUUCAGUUUUGCGAGAUGAUGUGAAAUACGAUUCAUUUGUCAUAAGGAGUAACGAGGAUUUGGAGGUUCUGUUCUAUUGUCGUUGGCAGUUUCCCGAGGUCAGGACCCCUGAGUUGUUGGCCAAGCUUGUAGAUGUGGUCUCCAACUCAGGAGGUUCGAAUUGGAAUCCCCAAGCUCCAGCAACGACAGCCUAUUCUAGUUCGAGGCCUGUUGAUGCCUCUUCAUCCGUGCAUGUGAUUGCACCUCAUUCAAUGGUGGUUGGCUCCCCAUCCUUCGCAGUUGAUCUAAACUGUAGUGGUGAUGGAGAAGUUGGUAUUAUUGAUACGGCAUUGGUUUCAUUACAGGGUGGGAUACCGGAUGGUAUAGACGAAGUAUUACGGGAUGAUGAUGACGAUGAUGAUGUGGAGCCGAACAUCAUUGUCGAUGAUAGCGGUGAUAACAUAGCAGCGAGUAAUCCAGGUGAGGCUGGUGGAGUGUCCAACUCAGAGACUCAGCAGAUUCAGUACAAAGUGGUGGAGUCUGAAUAUCGCAAGUACUUUGGAAAGUGUAAGAAAUUUGGCAACGGGAGCACAUGGUUGAUUAGGAUCAGUCUCUGCCAGCGUAGAGGUAUUUGGGAGAUAGAACGGUACAAUGGACCUCAUACUUGUCUGGCCACGUCGAUAUCGAGCAAUCACAAAAGUCUUGAUUAUCAUGUGAUCUCGGCCUUCAUACUACCAAUGGUUAGAGCUGAUGCAGCCGUGUGUAUCAAGGUCUUAGGUGUCCAGAUGAUGAUGCUUGGUAGUGUUGUAGUGUUGAGGAUGAGUCCUGUGCGAGUGGGUAGACAAGUGGACCAGUCGCAAGCCUAUUUUCAUAGGCUUUUUUGGACAUUCCCACCAUGUAUUGAGGCCUUCCGCCAUUGCAAGAUGUUGGUCAGUAUUGACGGGCUCGGUGCAAUUGCCCAAGACGAAAACUCGAACAUCCUGCCGGUUGCAUUUGCACUUGUGGAGGGUGAGAAUGUUGAGUCGUGGUCAUUUUUUCUAUCCCACCACCACCAGCACGUGACUCCGCAGUCAGGUAUUCUGGUGAUAUCAGAUUGGCAGAAUGGUAUUAAGGCGGCACUUGAGGCUCCCGACGGAGGUUGGCUACCACCUGCAACAUACCGUGCAUUCUGUAUUCGACAUGUGGCAACAAAUUUUGCCCUGAACUUUAAGGGCAAGGAUGCACGUAGGCUUCUGGUGAAUGCGGCAGAUGCCAAGAUUGAGGUUGAAUUUGAUUACUGGUUUGAUAUUCUGCAAACUGAAGACCCUGCCAUGUGUGAUUAG